GGCGGUGCGAGGGACGGCCCGGAGCCCGGCCCACUCCUCCUGCGCUGCUCCGCUGGCCCCAGCUGGAGCGGAGGAGGGGUGGGGCCCGGGCCUUGGGGGUGCCCCGAGCCCCGCGCGCACCCCAGCUCCGGGCCCCAAACUUUCUCCAUCAUCACUCUCCCUGCUACGCGGUGGAGGGAUCCGAGGGGGGUUGUGGAGGGCGGCAGACCAGGGCAGCGAGGUCAGGAGGAAGGCUGGGAGGACUCCACGGAGGACCUUUGGAGAGCCAAGGGUCGCCUGCGCACGGCUCACCCAGCGCGGUCUGGUGGUUCCCUGUCUGUGUCGGUCCCGCGCGUAGACCCUCUUCUUGGGGCAGGAAGUCCAGUGCUCGCUACAGAGGGACUCAUAGUGAGAAACACUGAGAUCUGAAUUCAGAUAUGGAUUUUGGAGGCAUUGAAGGAAUGCAGGAAGGAUUCAGUAGUCUGAAGAUUAUGCUGUCUUGGCUUGCUGACAGCUCCCCUGUUGAGGGGCACAGGCAGAGAAGACAGGCAGAGGGUUGUGGAGCUGGUGGGGUGCUCUGAGGACAGAUGGCAGGGCAGAGACCUUGACAGCACUGAUGCAGUGGGAGGCCUGCAAGGAUGGAGAACAGCCAGGCUAGCAACAGCACAGGAGACGGGCUGGUAAAGGUCAAGCAAGAGAAAACAGAGCGGCUGCUGCAGACGUUGGCGCCUCAGGACAAGGAAAAUAUAUUUCAGCAGCAUCAGGGCCUCCCGCCAUGUCAGACCAUGGGGCGGCCUCGUGGUCUGGGGGCACAGGAGGAACCUGGGGGUCCACGGUGGGCCCCAUCAGCUGAGCAGGACACGCGGCUGGCCGCUCGAGUCCCAGCGACAGCUCCUGGCCCUCUGAGCCCUGCGCUUUCUGCUGGCGGAGGUCACUUCGUGUGCGUGGAUUGCGGGAAGAGGUUCAGCUGGUGGUCGUCCCUGAAGAUCCACCAGCGCACGCACACCGGGGAGAAGCCGUACCUCUGCAGCAAGUGCGGCAAGCGCUUCAGCCAGAAGCCCAACCUGGUGCGCCACCAGCGGCACCACACUGGCGAGCGGCCCUUCUGCUGCCCUGAGUGCACCAGGCGCUUCAGCCAGAAGCAGCACCUUCUCAAGCACCAGAAAACCCACUCUCGGCCCUCCACCCACGUGUGUCCCGAAUGCGAGCGCUGCUUCCGCCACCAGGUGGGCCUCCGCAUCCACCAGCGCGCCCACGCCCGGGACCGCCAGGUCGCCCGCUUCAGCUGGCUGGAGAUGCUUCGGUAUUCUGCCGUACGCCGGGCCUGUCGCCUGCGCACGGGGUCUCCUCGAGGGCGCCCCCAGUGCGCCUGGGUGGGUCUCUGCCAGGGCUGGUGGGGCGAACCCUGGGUCCGGACGGCAGCCCACGUUCGCUUGGGUGCGGGUGGGCAGCGCCAGUUCAUCUGCAACCAGUGCGGCAAGAGCUUCACCUGGUGGUCCUCGCUCAACAUCCACCAGCGCAUCCACACCGGCGAGCGGCCCUACGCCUGCCCCGAGUGCGGCAAGCGCUUCAGCCAGAAGCCCAACCUCACGCGGCACCUACGCAACCACACGGGCGAGCGGCCGCACCCGUGUCCGCACUGCGGCCGGGGCUUCCGCCAGAAGCAGCACCUGCUCAAGCACCUGCGCACGCACCUGCCGGGCGCCCCGGCCAUGCGCUGCACCAGCUGCGGCCAGAGCUGCCCCAGCCGAGCGGCACUGCGGGCUCACCAGCGCGUGCACGCUGCUGCCGAGCUGCUGAACUCCCGGGCUGCGCUCCGGGGCCGCGAGUCUGCUUCCCAGUCACAAGCUGAGGCCGCGCAGCCCCGCGGUCCCCAGGAUGCCAGGGGCGAGCUGUGCGGCCCGGAGCGCGGGGGCCUGACUGAGGCCAGCGACCAGCGCCAGUUCAUCUGCAACGAGUGCGGCAAAAGCUUCUCUUGGUGGUCGGCACUCACCAUCCACCAGCGCAUCCACACGGGCGAGCGGCCCUACGCAUGCCCAGAGUGCGGCCGCUGCUUCAGCCAGAAGCCCAACCUCACGCGGCACCGACGCAACCACACUGGGGAGAAGCCCUACCAGUGCACCGCCUGUGGCCGCGGCUUCCGCCAGAAGCAGCACCUGCUCAAGCACCAGCGUGUGCACCGUGGAGCCCUGGCGCCCCACCCGGGCCCGGAGGAGGAGGAAGAGGAGUUGUAGCGCCCUGUGCUGCUGAUGGUGGAGCGUGCUGGAGUGGGUGUGCCUGCAGGGUGCAUGUGGGGACGCAGAUGAUGGCUGGGAAUGCUGGCUCCGGCUCCUCGAGAUUCUGAGGCUGAGAACAGUAUUCCAGAAGCAUCCCAGAGGGCACCUGGAAAAGUGCCUGUGGAGAAUGUGAGAUCAAAGCUGCGGCAACCUGAGUCUGAAUGUGUCUGUGAUGGGCUGGGCCCAUUAGUACACCAGCCUCAGACACUUAGUGAGGGGCUGUUGGGGACCCUGGGAAAAGUUCCUUAUGUGGAAUGGCUUAGAACUGGCGAGUGGUAGUACUAGCCUGCUACACAGGCUGCAGGAUGGCCUGAGAGAGAGAGAGAGAGAGAGAGAGAGAGAGAGAGAGAGAGAGAGACCGACCCAUGAGAAGGUUGUGACAGACUCCUGGAUACCGAGAAUGGGCAGUGGCUAGGGAGGGACCAGCAUUUCCGAGAACCAAGGACAUUGCCAGCACCUCCUAGCCUUCUGUUGGGACCACUGGAUGGUUGAGGACUCUUCAUACACUGUGGAGGGUGCUAGGUAUGGGGGACCUGGUAUGUGUGUGAUGGUUAGGGGCUGGGGUGCAGGCAGGUGGUCCCAGCCUUGGCUUGACUGCUUGGGGAGGUGGCUGUGCAAGAAUGGGCUGUCUGUGGCAAGUGGGUGGGUGGAUGUGACUGACCUGGAUCCUUAUCCACCCUGGUGUUGAGGAAGAGAAAAAUGAAGGAUUGAAUAUUCUUGUUGGCAUUGUCCUUUCUGAGCCGUGCUGACUGGAUCCCAGAUGUGUGAUCUCCCUGGAAUUCUUCUGCCCAUCCUCCACCCACGAUCAGGGCAGGGAGCCUUUCAUAUACCACCCACCCCAUGUCCUGCCAAGGCUGGAAGGCAGUUUUCUGUUUUCCACUCUCAAGUCAGUUUCAUGGUUCAUCUCAUAUACUGAACACCCCCUCCCCCAUUCCUCUGAGGUCACCUCUCAUGCUCUUCCAAAGCAGAGUGGCUGAGGUCUUGGUGCUGACAGAAGCCUGGGCUCCAGCCUCGGCUGUGGCAUUGGAUGGAGUCUUCCUAGAGGUUGGAGGUGGAUGUUGAGGUAUCAGAACUAGAUAGCUGGGGAGGAAGGUGGGGCCCAGUAUGGUUGAUGGAGGAGGAAGAGCUGCUCUUCUGGUCUCCUGGGGCUUGUAUCUUCCUGAGGAUGCUUAGCCGUGCCUAGUUCAGCCUGGCUUCUCAUGAGCACUCUGUAGAUCGAUAAUGGUUUGAGGCUUUUCAUUUGGGAGAAGCUUUAGUUGUAGUGUUACAGAAAGACAGGUAAGGUGAUAGGAAGGACAAGCAAGACCCUUGAGACCAUUGUAGAUUUCCUGAGAAACACAGUUGCCAGUGGUGCUUAGCAUUCGGCCUGGGCUGCUCCCUCCGGGUCCAGUUCUUUGGUCAUAAACUGGGUGAAGUCCCACACUGGGGGAGUUGUGCUGAUGAGCUCCAAAGACCAACUGCCGAAUCUAAAGGCUUUUCCUGCCACCCCAUCUGACCCACACCAAAAACCGCUCCCCUGCCUCCCUGUGAUGCUGUGUUCUUUUCCAGUUCCUCUCCCAGCCUUCCCUGCCCAGCCCAGGAGGUGCCCCAUGCCCUGCAUCACAUUAAAGUGUACUACUCUCAUGGUGGAGUCCGACAAGCCAUUCACUUCUUCCAUUGUCAUCUAGCAAAUCCUGAAACUAACUUGAGCAAGCUUCUCUACUCUUGAAAGGCCUUCUAGGGCAUCACCAUUUGUUUCUGGGUCAGAGAGCCAAGUGGCUGAGGGGUGGGGCAGGCAGACACAGAGGAGAUCAGACUGGCCCGCAGAUGUGUUCUGUUCUCUUUCACCAUGACCUGUGCUUAAUGUCACAGUGCAGUCUGAGUAGGGCUUGGGAGUAACUGAGGCCUAAUUGUAGCCUCCUGAUACUGCAAGUUGGUGAGGAUGCCUGUUCACUUUCCCUGGGUGGCUGACCCUCUCACAGGGUCACAAGACAGACAGAGCCAAGUCCCCCAGAGGGAUGAAUUACCAAUAUACAUGCACAUUGACCACAUCUGUACUACAAAGCAUUCACUCACCAAUAGGUCUGUAUGCCAAGCCUCAUCUAGGUGAAUAAAACAUGGCCCCUGCCCUUGCUUAAGGACAUUUGUGAAAUCAUUUUGAUAUACUGCAUGAUUUAUAACAAUCUAUGGUCAACUUCUAGACAAAUGGCUUUCAGCCCUGGCCUUAUUAGCAAGACUUUCUAACCUCAUCUCAUUUAAUCCUACGAGGUCAGAGAUAUAGGCUGGGCGGUGAUACAGCCAUUUGUCACAAAUGAAAGAGGGGUGUGACUUUCCCACCAGGUUGUGUUCUAGAUUGAUGGCAGGUCCUAGGCCUCCCAUGAACCAAAGCUGCAUCGGCUGUCAUAGCCCUAGGCUGAUUCAAGGACAGCGUGGAACAUCAACUUUACUGCUCAUUCCCUUUCAUUUUAAAGUGGGUCAGAGAAUACUGAGGAAGAGAUGGCAUGCAAUCAAAGACAAGUUCAGACUUGUUACCCUAGUGGUUUAUGGUGCAAGAAAUGGCAGCGUUGCAGAGAUUAAGGGGAACCAAACCACGAGAGAGAAAGACUAAAGAUUUCUAAACAGCCGAGUCUAAAGGCUUUUCUGUGGCCAAGCUUGUAAAAGGCCAUCUCAGCUGGGUAGGACUGGAUUUCUGGAACUGUCCUUGUCUUUUGUUAAGAGCAGGCUGAGAGCUAAGUCAGAUGACCUUGGUAUGUGGAGAAUGGUUGUCCUUUGAGCCUGAAGUCAGGCUCCUUGGGAGAGUUUGGUGCCCACUCCCCAGCCUCAUGGGUUGAUUUGCCAUGUGGAAUUGCGCUGAGGGAGAAGGGGCUGCAGAGGCCAGAGGAGCAGCUGCCAGGUAGGUGCAGACCCAUGUCAGGGGGCCUUGGUGGAGGGCAGAGUAGAGAGCAGUUCUGAAACAUUUUUAAACGUGGUUUGAAUUUCAUAAAUAUCUUUGUCCUUUUGGCUGGAGGAG